AUGCGGCGUGAAGCUUCGACACGCUUGUGUUACACACUUUUGUCUUGCUCAUCUAAGUACUGAAGCGCUGAUUUGGACUCGGGCCAGUCGUCUCGAGCUCGUGUCGUCGACUCGUCGUUGUCGUCGUCGUCGCGGCUCCCCCCAUCGGCAGACUGCCAAUCGCCCAGCAGUCCUUCGGCAUCGGCAGAGUCGUCCUGGGUCAGACCCUACAGCGCCCUUAUCGCUGCUCGUCCAAAGCUUGGUUGUGAGUGCUAGUUCAGCCUUCACGUUGUCCACGUGCCUGCUACAGGCUUGCCUACGACCCCGGUGUGGGUCACGUGCGCUUGUGAGCUCACCCCCUCGACGCUCCGCCGACACGACCUCGUCUCCACCUCGGUCGCCCACCCACAGGAGCGUAGACACUGCGAUCUGGCAUCAGGUCCUGUACCGACCAGCACGAUCUCAGUAGACGCCGGCACGAUCGAACAAAUGGUCGCACACCAUCGUGUCCCUUACCAGGUCGAUCCUGUGGCUGACAUGAGCUCGCCGUUCUUUGACUUUGCACAUGACAGCGGCUCGCUCGCCCACGCCAAAGCCACACCACCACUCACCACCCCACCACACAACGAGCCAGCUCGCUGCCCGCCGUCACGUCACGCUCCAGGGAACGCCGACGCGUUCAUCACGUGAAAAACUGCAGACGUACUCUCAAGUCUACACCUUCUGGCACAUACGAUCAAAUCGGAAGAGCCUCUAGAGUGAUGGACUCGCCGGCGGUUCAGCAUGCAACAUCAGCCGCUCCUUCCGAUCCCCUUCGAGCCCCGCGGCCACCGAGCCACCGCCUUCCCCCUCCCCUCCUAGCACCGACUCGUCCCACAAGCACACCCCCGAGGACUCUAGCGCAACCCACACCACCUCUGGCCCGACAUCCUCGUGCUCCUCUUCCUCACCGUCGUCAUCGUCAUCAAGCGACACGGCCAUCGUUUCCCCCUCGAUGCCGUACGCGCGCAAGAGCUCCUCCCCGUCGACCUCGGUCGGCGCUCUGUCGCCCCUCGCGCCUUUACCGAACGAGGUCUUCCUCCUUAUCGUGCAGCAGCUCACCCAGGUCGAGCGCACCCGGCUCUGCCUCGUCUCUCGUUCAUGGGCCACCUUCUUGCACAACGAGCCCCGGCUAUGGCCCAAAUUGAGGAUCAAACUCGGCGACGAUGACUUUGGGGUGGCCCACUUUGAAACCUGGCUUCGUCGAGCGAGCGUCAGCCAUACUCGCCACGGAGGAGGACUUCAGCAGUUGACCAUAGUCCUUUCCGGCCAACGUACCCGGUUGGCUUGCUACCCACUGGAUCGGAACCUCUCCGACUUGGAGUACGUGCAACGCUUGCAGACAAUCGUCGACAUGGUCCGCCACGCGUGCCUGAUGCGGGUUCCAUUGCCCGACGGCAAGACUCGGCUUUGCUCUUCCCUGCGCCACCUCAAAUUCAUCAGCGAGCCCAGUACAAGUGUUACUGUCAUGCUGGCCCACACGCUCGUCCAAUUUGCUCGCGACCCCCUUUUGGGCGACCUCGAUCUGUGAGUGAUCCAUAGGGUGCGGAGUAGACUCCCUCAAGCUGACGCCUCGAUGCGCCACAGGCUCGACAUGUACUUUGGAACGCCGUUGCUUCCGGCUAGCUGGAAAGCCCUGUGGUCAUGGCCAACUGUGACCACCGUUUCUCUGCGGUGCGGCCGAGAGAUGGAAGGUGAACACCAGCUCGACUUCUCGAGCAACUGGUGUCUCCAGCCCCCAGGUGGGCCCCUGUCAUCACACCUCUACGCCCUCGAACACAUCUCGAUGAGAGGGAUCGUAAUCGUACCGUUCGAUUCGACUCCAAUGGUCAUGCCAACGUUGACCACCAUCGUCCUCGUCGACGUCGACUUGAAGGGCAUGUCGAUCUAUGCGGUGGUGAAAGCGGCGCGGCAUACGCUUGUUCAUCUGGAGCUGCGGGAGGUGUCGAUAGGCGAAGUGACUUCGCAGGAUGCCGUGAUCGACCAUCGCCGGUGCAUCGAACAACACGACCCGCAUCUGCUUGCCGAACUCCGAGAGUUGCAAACCAACGGGCACUUCCGCGAAUUUGGGGUCAUUUGGCGAGACGAGGCGAUCGACGACGACGGAGAGGUGAUUCCCGCCGACCCGACGCCGAUCAUCUUGCCGGUUUUGCGGUCGUUGAUCCUGCAAAGCGAGAUCACCCUCCCCAUUUUCACCUCAUUGGACAGCGUCGAUACCGGGACGGACGACCAGUGGCUACCCACCCCCUUUCUCUUGAUGCCGAGUUUAGAAUCGGCUGAUCUGAUCGGGCUGACGAUCGACGCCCACGAUGCCGCCGCCGAUGAAACGCGCAACCUGCUCGUCGUCCUCGGUUUGUGCGCGCCCUAUCUAACGAGUCUGUCGGUCACGGAAUGUGACUACGAUGAAACGAGCCUGGCUUACUGUCUCAUGGCACUCAAGACAACGCUCUGCUCGCUUGUGCUCUACGACACCACCACCUCGGAUCAACUCAUCGCGAAUCUCGCUCGAUUGGCCCCGACGUUGGAAACCUUGGACGUGCAACAUUGUAAAGACAUAUCCGCACAAGGCGUAGCUCGUCUGGUCGAAGUCAUCCGUGAGCAAUCAGGUGGCCUGCACAAGCUGUCGACCGUGCGCAUCGACCACCCGCAGACGCGAGACGUGGCCGACUUGACCGCGUACGAAUGGCUCGACUUCAUUGGCGCCCUGUGUCGCGACGAGACGGACUACGAAUCGCUUGGACCGCGUCGCUAUACGGCAGAGUGGUUCAUGUGGAAGAAGGACGGAAAGCUCGACGUUAUGCACCCGUACAAGGAGCGCAUGCGGCUCGAGGAAGAACUGGUGCGGCAACAACAGGAAGCGCAGCGCCUCCGCGCGCAGAGUUUUGCCGUUGCGCAAUCGCCACGAGAAGCGCAAGGAUCACAUAGUGGUGGCGCGAUCGCUCGAAACGGGAUCGCGUCUCCUCCAAUGUGGCAUCGAAACCCCCUGGCGGGCCCAGGACACACCCCCGGUCCCGCCUUGCCUCGUGGAGCCGGGCUUGCCGAACUCGCGGCGCUUCAGCAGCAGCGUUUCCAGCUGCAAGAAACGUCGCAGGCCGGAUCGAUGACUUGGGUCGGGAUCUCGCUGCAAGGCAUACCGAUGGGCGCUGUUGGGUACGCACCACGGGUCCAAGGCGCACCGCCUACGCCCGUGACGCCGUCGACUGCGCACUUGCACGACCCCAUCUCCGAUCGAGCAGAUGCAGGGCGGUUGAGUUCGCAGAGCGUCAAUCCUACUAUCGUAGACACGGACGAGUUCGACUUGUUCGAUGGUGCGGAUGUGGCCGAUGACUCUCUAUCAGACGACGACGACCUUGAUUAUCUCGAGUACGCUGAACCCGCCCAGUGA